AUGAAUUUCUUGAAAAAACUAAAUGGUAGUGGUAGCAUCAGUAAUCAGUAUCUGUGUCUUGAUUUGAUCCGCAGGACUCUGAUGCCUCUGUUUGAUCCAGACUCUGGAUUACUAAUUGUGUCUGGAAAUGGUGAGAGUGUGAUCGACUGUUUUGAGGUGAACAGCAGUGAGCCCUUCCUGUCUCAAGUGAGUCACUGUCUGACGGACCUGUCGACCCGUGGCGUGGCUCUGGUGCCGAAGCUCGCUCUGGACGUCAGCUGCUGUGAGGUUUUGCGCCUGCUGCAGCUCACUGAUAACUUCAUAGUGCCCAUCAGCUACCAGGUGCCUCGCAAGGCAGGACAGGACUUCCAUGCGGACUUGUAUCCGGACACCGUGGGUCACACCCCGGCCAUGACGGCAGAGGACUGGUGGAAAGGAGAGAACAAACAGGUGGAGCGAGUCAGUCUUCACCCGAGCAAGAGGCCAAAACCGGCCACUCCGUCAGCUCAGGAGACGAAACCAAAGGAUCUUCCCCGUGGCAAGAGCAAAGAGGAGGCCUCGAGCUCCAGCAGUCCCCUCAGCACCCCCAGCAGCAGUGCCGACCCGUCCCGCUCCCCGUCCUCCACCAGCGGCCUGUCGUCUGGCUUCCUGCCGAGCCCCAGCCAGAGCUCCCGCGCCAUCCACAGCAUGCUCGGCCCGAGCUCGAAGUUUCGUCACAUCCAGGGGGCCGUUUUGCACCGGGACACUCACAUCACCAACCUGCGCGGGCUUCAUCUGACCACACCGGGAGAGUGUGACGGCUUCUGUGCCAACGGCCAGCGCGUGGCAGUGCCUCUCGCCAUCGCCGGAGGGCAGAUCGCUGUGUUUGAGUGUGUCUGUCUCAAAGCUGGUGAUGAUGCCAAGAUCCGCGUGUGGCAGAUUCCCAAAGGAGGCCUGACGGAAACCCUGACUGAGCCGGAGUGUGUUCUGCGGGGACACACAGAGAAGAUUUACUCUAUCAAGUUCCACCCCCACGCGUCCAGCCUGCUGGCUUCCUCCUCCUACGACCUCACGGUGAGACUGUGGAACCUGGAGACAGGAGAGGAAGUCAAACGACUCAGCGGACAUCAGGACCAGAUAUUUGGCAUGGCUUGGAGUCCAGACGGGAAACUGCUGGCCACUGUGUGUAAGGAUGGAAAAGUGCGUCUGUACGACCCACGCAAGUCCACCUUGCCCAUCCAGGAGGGCCCAGGACCUGAGGGCCAUAGAGGGGCCCGUGUAGUGUGGGUCUGUGAUGGCAAGUACCUGCUGGUUUCAGGAUUCGACAGUCGCAGUGAAAGGCAGCUGUACCUGUUCUCAGCUGAGUCCUUGGCAUCCGGGUCUGUGGCUUCUGUGCCUGCCGAUGUGUCUCCCUCGACCCUUAUCCCGUUCUAUGAUCCCGACACCAGCGUCCUGAUCCUCACUGGGAAGGGUGACACACGUGUUUAUACAUACGAGAUCGUGCCUGAAGCACCGUACUUCAUGGAAUGUAGUAGUUUUCAUUCCUCUGAACCACACAAGGGGUUGUGUUUCCUGCCGAAGACUGAAUGUGACGUGCGUGAUGUGGAAGUGGCUCGAGCCGUCCGACUUGGCAAGACCACCAUUGAACCUGUGGCCUUCAGAGUGCCUCGUGUCAAAAAAGAGUUUUUCCAGGAUGAUGUUUUCCCAGAGACUGCAGUGUGGUGGGAAGCAUCUCUGACCGCUGCUGCCUGGCUCUCUGGAUCCAACGGACAGCACCGCAAAAUCAGCUUGCGGCCCAAAGACAUGACGCCCGUGAGUGAAGCACCAAAAGAGGCUCCUGUGAAGAAGUACCUGCCCUCCUCUGUCUAUCUGGAGGAGAAAACUGAUGAACAGAAGAAAGAGGAGUUGCUCAGUGCUAUGGUGGCGAAGCUGGGAAACAGGGAAGAUCCUCUGCCACAGGCAUCAUAUGAGGGUGUGGAUGAAGAUGAGUGGGACGACUAACACACAAGCCUUGCCUCACGGUCCAGUCAGGGUGCCAGCAGCAGACAUGGGACGUACUUGCUGUAUUUAAAUUUUGCCAUUCCAGGGUGCCAACGUACCUCUGAACCUCCUAAACGUUCCUCAUCCCGCCAGCUUCAGCUCCGUACAGCCUGCUGAUUCACUCUCACACACUCCUCCAUCUGCCUUCUAAAUAACCCACCCAUCAUCUCUCUGCAUUGGUUUAACUGGAGUAUUAAUAUCAGUUAUUAAUGGUUAAAAUGAUUCUAGACACAUGAACACAUUCUUAUGCAUAGUUCAGACGUUCAUCUCAGAUGCAUGACGCACAUUUACAAUAUGACGGGGUUUUUUCUGUGUCAGUUUUAAUGAUGGCAUCAGUUUUGUACUGCUGUAAUUGACUGUAUAAUGACUGCAUGAUAACACAAGCCUUCCUCAAUCUAUAACACAAAAGCUCUCUGGAUAUUUUCAUUGGUGAAAUGUGCACUUAAUACCAUCAUUUGACUAUUGAAAUGGUUAAAUGUACGUUUUACAUUGAUAUUGUGGUAAUUAGUUGGAUUAAAUGUCAUCUCCUUUAGGUUCUUAGCAGCGUUAGAUAUCCUUUAAUAAGUCUGGAGCACAAAUGUCUGUGUACCUCUAAAUCAAUGAUCUGGAGACUUUUGAAAACACUCCUUUUUAAACUGGGAAAUACUCUUUUCUGUAUAUUUCCUUCUGCUCAACCUAAUCAACAGUAUUAACACAAAUCUACUUCACAAGGGUAUUUUCUCCAAUAAUCAGGUUUAUCACAAAGCAAUACAACUAUUUUCUUUUUUAACAGAACAUGUUUACAUAUUCCAGGUAAGGAAUCGUGCAUGUUAUGGCACUCGUACCGUAUGAUGUCCUGUGCUUGACAUGUGACCAUGUACUCACACAUGAAUGGUAGAUGUUAAUAGAUAUGGCAAUGGUCUGCUAAGUGUUUUUUUUAAUGUGAGCUCAUUUUACCAAUCUGAUGUUUUUGGGAUGCUUUUUCACAGCACUUGUAAUCGCAUUCAUUUUAAUACUUUAUAGGCAAUAAUGUUUUUCACUCCUCUUUUGAAUGGAAUCAGUCUUGUGGGAAUGUUGCCUCAAAAUAAAAUCUU